AUGAGUUUGGAAGAGCGUCGCGCUCUCGAAGCGCUAAAAGAGGACACCAAUACCAUAGAGGACUGCCAGGAAGACUUCGAAGAUAUGAGCUUUGGCGAUAUCUGGAAUGGGACCGAGUCACUCGCCAUCAGUCACGCUGGUGGCGAGUUCACUGACCUUGCAAGAGAGGUUUUAGGAGACUUUUGGAAAAUCAGCAACAAUCGUGUACAACGCGUGGAUAAACGCACCCGUCGUGAUCGCGUCCUCCGCAGGAACAAUGCGUUUGCUGAGCAGAUGGUUGUGAUGACCGACGCGUACCUUGUGUGGAGUCUGACCAAAUGUGAGGACGCCUUCAGAGGUUUUUUUGAGAGAUUGGAGAAGGAAGGGUUGGGGAGUGACUCUAACUGUGGCCAAUGGUCAAUCAGCGUGAUAGACGUGUUCUACGCUGAGAAAGUCAGUCUUCGAAUCUUGUCAACAGACGCCACCAUCAGCUCUGCGCUGGUCCGUCAAGGCGUAAUGCCGUGUUCUCCUAUAUCGCCAACCGUGGGCAUCACCACCGAAGCACUCGACUUAUAUCGUGUAGCACAUCUCAGGAGUCCUCAAUUGUCAAUUCAAGUGUUCGUAAAAACUGUUUGUGACUUACAUGGUGUUGCAUUCCACAGACACUUAUCUCGUCAGUUCUCUAUUGCAUUCGACUUAUAUCUUCAAGUUCAACGUUCCGUGGCAGCCAUGGUAGCUGAGUCAUUACAACGUGACUCACCCGAUUUUCGCCUGAAACACGCCUGCCCCGCAUGCACAUACAUACUAAUGGAUGAACCCAAGUUGACUUUUAGCUUGCUUUACGCCAUGGACGGCAACGACUCUUUAAAAAGAGUCAUUCGAAGAUCUCUAGAUACUGACGACUCUCUCGGCGCAUCUUCAGAGCUUCCAACUGGACAGCAACUCACAAGCAACCGCUAUCUAUCUCGCACUUAUGUAGAUCAGUUCGCGCGGGACUCUGCUACUGCGGAUGAUGAGGUUAUACAUGCCGAGAACUCGUGUGAAGGACGCUGGAAGAAUAUGGACGAUACAAAGACGAAGAAAGCAUGGGGUAUUUACGAUGAGACGGGCAUUUUUGUGGCCGUGUGCCGACAUGGAUUCACUCUGCUCAUUGCAGAUAUGAUACAGAGUGGCGAGCUUGCAAAGUAUCCGUUGGCCGUUGUUUCGAAGUUGCUGGAGGUAUUUGGAAGCAAUUUGGGUGGCGGGUAUGACAUCGGUUGUCAAUUCAGGACCACGCUCGAUAAUAGUUCUAUUGGACCCCUUGCACAGUCUCUGCGUCACACUUGCCUUGUCGGCGCCUUCCACGGACAUGCGCACAGGCGAUUGUGCCAACUUUUCUCGCUUACUACUUACAUCAAAGGUUUGGGACUCGAGGACCUGGAGGUAUGUGAACAAACGUUCUCGAAGUCCAAUUCAUUGGCGUCCGCACUACGUUAUGCCAGCAUAUUCCAUCGACAACAAGCCAUCGACACAUAUUUCGAACACAACGAUGACUUCGAAGUGUAUGCCAAUCUAUCCGAUUUUUUAUACAACAACUACAGGCAAGCGCUCGACAUACUGAAUGAUGGUAGCACGACCCUACCAAACCUUAUGCGGGAUCUCAAAGUCGCAGACGAGACUGUGUUCGAGCGCUGGCUGGAGGAAGAGAAGGUAUAUCUACAAGGUCUGACGCAAGAACCUGCGGACGAAACGUUGCAGAUGGAAUACUGGAAAACGCUGGCAAAUCUUGCUGCGAGCAAGAAGGCUCUGGAUGCUGCAAUGACAGCGUUCCAGGACUCAUCUCACCUCGAGGGUGCAUCAUACGAUGGGCAGGUAAAAAAUACCCGCAAAGCCGAGAGUGCACGACGGCACGCUCUUGAGGAUUACGACAGGCACCUGAAACUCGCUCAAGUACUCGAGUGUAAGCUGGAGGUCGAGAAACGCUGGGUGGCAGAAGACGCGCAGUGGCAGAAGGUUGGAAGACUCGUGGCAAACCGGAAAUACCAGCGUGCUCUGGAUCGUCUCGAGGGAUUGAUUGUUGCCCGCAUAUUUGAGUUGACAAAGAUGAACCGAGCGGGUACAGGGUAUAAACUACGGAAGCAUAUCGCUAAAGCACUCCAGGCUCGUUCCAUCGCCAUUAGAUCUGCACUUACCACGUACAACUCUAUCGCCAGCUCGAUGUACCCUGCCCGCAAAACCCUAAAGUGGGAAGAGGUCGUCGAAUAUGCGUUUCUCGCUGAUUUUGACCUCUUGCGCGACACACGUGCAGACAUCUCUCAACGGCCUUGGGCAUCGGCUGCUGCUCGCAGAGCGAUGGAUCUCUAUUUCAAGAUGUGUCGGGCGUGGGAGGAAAUUCAGCGCUUGAAUGUGGAGGUACGGCGCCUAGUGACGUACAUUCAAGACGAAGACAAAUAUCUGCGGGCGUGCGAGGAUCAGUUGAAGUCUGUCAGUCCAACUCUCGCCAACCAAAUCGCUAUACAUCGCAAUGUUCGAGGACGGUUUAAUUCGCGUCACCUGAAGCGGCUCUAUGACAUUUCGAACCUUCCUGGCUUCAGCGGGACCAUAGCCCCAGGUAUGAGCACUAAUACAGGUCUUGGAGAAAGCUCCAGUACACCCAACGCGCAGGUCCCAUCACAACUACUGGCAGGGCACCCACCUUUUAAUGAUAGAUGAUCUGCAGUGGUGCCGGAUACUCCAGAUGACUUGGAUGAGGAGGAACAGGAAGAGGAGGUGGAAGAGGAGGCAUCGAGAAGCCUGCAGGAUGUCCUCCGUGUCGCCGAUGAUUUCUCGCGUCUGGAACUUCAUGACCACGCUGAUGAAGAGUAG